AUGGACAAAGGCAAGAACGUCCAGACGGAGCUCACUGAGGAGGAAUUGCAAAGAAAGAUCGAGCGAGUUACUCGAGAGAUUCAGAAGGUUAAGGAGGAAGGACUCAAAGUAGACGUGACCACGACGAUCUACAAAGCUGCGGUCACAACCUUGGAUGAAGAUCUGGCGUCACAGAUAAAGAGAAAGAAGGAGGUUGAGAUGGAAACCAAAAGCCUAAGGAAAAGGUUGAACUUGCUUCGUUUGGAGAUACACGAAGGAAAGGCGAGAGAGGCGAAGAUAGAUAUCGAGACUGCUGUGUUGUUGGACAGAAGGGCGGCGCUCGACGAGGAAUUGGCGACCCAUAGCGACCAAAGGGCAGAAAAUACCUCGCCCGUGAUCGGGGAGAAGAUAACAGUGGCCCCGGCCGUGAAGUCAAAAGGUCCUACAGAUUCCUUCCCUCGAUCAAAUUCAGAUAAAGGAAAAACAGUUAUGGGAGACAACAAUGACGAAGGGCGUCUUACUGACGUUGUGGUGGCUCAGCCCACUGUAGUGGAACAGAAUGAAUUGAUCAUGCAACAGAUUGCUGAAAUGAAAGUUGAAAUGCAACGGAGACAGGAUGCGCCUCCACCUGGAUUUGGUACUAAUAUUGCUGAUGCAAGACCUCUGGUCUACUUCCCUUCAUCAAACAUAGAUCCAACUCAGAACCAGCCUUCUACACCUGUGCAUAAUCCGUCUGUGAUUGACCUCACAACCCAAAACCCUCAAUACGCUUCUGCAUCUUACCAAACUCCUUCACCCCUUCCAAAUAACCACCCUCAAAUACCACCCCAUCCUCAAAAUACUCAAACUGCCCCACCGCCACAAAAUCAAAACCAAACUCAAACUGCCUUCAAUACCCAAGCAUUUCAUCCGCAUUUGAGCCAGAACACCAAUCCUCAGGCCUACCCACAAAACUAUCAGACCGCCCAAAACGUUCCAAGUCCCUCUAUAGCUCCACCCCUCCCCAAAAGAGCCACCUUCCAAGUUCCCGUUCCUGCCGAGCACGAGGUGCACGGUUCUGAGUUGGAUCACUAUGAAGAACAGGAAAGAGAAUGGAAGGCGAAAGAAGAAGUGAAGAUCGAUAUAAAGGAAGAAAUCAAAAGGGCUAUGAAAGAGCUGCAGUGCAUCCCAGACGCCGUCGGACUUAGCUACGCAGAAUUGUGCAUCCAUCCAGAUUUGAACCUUCCCGAAGGUUUUAAAAUUCCAAAGUUUGACACCUUCGGAAGAGUGGGCAAUCCUAUGGCGCAUUUGAGAGCGUAUUGUGACCAGCUCGUGGGAGUUGGCAGGGAUGAGGCCUUGUUGAUGCGGCUUUUCAGCCGAAGUCUGUGUGGGGAGGCCCUCGAGUGGUUUACUUCACAUGAAACCAGGCAAUGGCCCAAUUGGAAUGCAUUGGCUAAGGACUUCAUUGACCGAUUCGCCUACAAUGUUGAAAUAGUGCCCGAUCGGUUCGCCUACUAUGAUCGAAUCAUGUUGCUGGUUGGAGCUAAAUUCGCUGAGAUAGUCAAAGUUGGUGAGACUAUCGAAGAUGGUCUAAAAUCGGGGAAGAUAGCCCGUGUAUCUGCAUCGCCUGGGUCUUCAGGAUUGAUAAGAAAGAGAAGAGAGGAAGUUGCCGCUGUCUCGUAUGGGGGAAGAAAAACCCCUAGAAACCCGUCACAUUCCCAAGAUCGUUUCAGGCCUUCCCCAAAGUCCCACCGAUCCAACUACCCACAACCCAAUCAUCCUAAUAACCACAAUACUGUCCCCAACUAUCAGAACGCUCAAAUUUCGUCGUACCAAAGUCCACCCUCUGAUCUCCAAAAUUUUUCUCCCAUAUACCCAAAUUACCCUCAACCAUACCAGAUCCCAUCCCCUUAUCAGAAUAUUGCUCCCAACUGUGCCAACGUACAGUCGAGCUACCGACCACCUCCGCCCACUUAUCAAGUCCAAGCUCCAUUAUACCAGGACCCCCUCCCGAAUUACCAAGCUACAAUGCCAAAUUUCCAGGCAAACCCUUAUCCCCGGAGCCAAGCUCCUCGUACAAAUACCCAAAAUUAUCAGCGGGUGCCUCCCCCUCGGCAAAGCGGUUAUGAUACUUCCCGUCCGAGAUCUGAAAAAAGGCCUUCAAGGAACUUUACCACACUUGUUGAAAGCCGGACCAAACUAUUUGAGAGGCUAGCCGCAGAUGGAUACAUCAACCCUGUGGGGCCCAAACCCGGGGAUGUUAACUCGAAGUUCUACAGGCUAGAUCAAAGGUGUGCUUAUCAUUCCAACAGUGUUGGACAUGACACGGAAGAUUGCAUCAACCUUAAGCACAAAAUCCAAGACCUGAUCGAUCAGGAGGUAGUUUCUCUUCAACCGGCGGUGCCAAACGUCAACACAAAUCCGUUGCCGAAUCAUGGAGGUGACAACCUUAAUAUGAUUGAAACAGAUGAAGACGGGUGUGGAACAAAGAUGAUUACCCCUAUUGUGCAUGAGGACUUGGAAAGGGCUGUCGCUUCUUUAAGCGUCAAGGAAAGGAGGAAGUUUGUUAUUCUGACACCUGCAAAGGUUGUUGCCUUGGUGCCUUCGAAAACUCUCGUUAAGCCCAAAUUUGUCAUUGAAACCGCCGUGGCCCAAGGCAUGACCAGGUCCGGAAGGUGCUACACUCCUGAUGAGCUUGCUCUCGGAGGACAGAAGAAGGACCAUGCUAAGAGGCCGAUAAGUGAGGGGGAAGCAGAAGAGUUCUGGAGAAGGAUGCAGCCGAAGGACUAUUCCAUCGUCAAACAUUUAGAGAAGACUCCGGCUCAGAUAUCUGUGUGGGCCCUGCUAAUGAGCUCUCAGUCCCACAGGCAGGCCUUAAUGAAAGCUCUUGAUGAUACAUACGUACCCUCAAGUACAAGUAGUGAUAACGUGGCCGCUAUGAUUCAUCAAGUCAUUCGGGGGCACCGGAUCAGCUUUUGUGACGAUGAGUUGCCAGUCGAAGGAAGAUCCCACAACAAAGCACUACACAUUACCGUGAUAUGUCGUGGAAAGGUUGUCAACUGUGUUUUGGUAGAUGAUGGGUCCGGUUUGAAUAUUUGCCCAUUGACGACGUUGAGGCAACUAAAUUUUGACCUUGGGAAACAUGAGCAGAAUCAGGUCAAUGUAAGGGCAUUUGAUGGGGUGCAAAGAGACACCUUAGGGGCAGUGACUUUGACCCUUCAGAUGGGCCCCGCAGAGUUCAGUGCGCAAUUCCAAGUAUUGGACAUAGACACUAGCUACAACCUUCUUUUGGGAAGGCCAUUUAUCCACAUGGCUGGAGCCGUCCCCUCUACUCUCCAUCAGAUGAUGAAGCUUGUAUGGAAAAAUGAAGAGUUAGUGAUUCACGGCGAGGGAAGUCGCUUGGGCAAGCAGGUGUCGGUCAUUGAUGAGAUGCCGCAAGGCGCAGACUUUUACACGAUGGAGCUGGUGAAUGCGUCCAAUGAAGAUUUGGCCCUCAACUCCAUGCCAACCGUGUACAAAAUUAUAGCCACGGUGAUGCUGCAAAAUGGGUUCGAGCCAGGUUUCGGAUUGGGAAGAGAUUCCCAAGGAAUUAUUGAGCCUGUUCCGGUCCUUGCUCAGGGAUCAAAGUAUGUUCGGGAGCAUGCCGAGCCUGAAGACGACGGGGAAGGAAUCUGUGACCUGUUCAAGGAGAUCAAUGCCGUCAUAGAGGAGGAGGCUGAGCCAGCUGGCUUUCGUGAUGCUGAACCGGGGGAGAUGCUGAAGAAUUGGACAUCCACACCAAUCCUGAUGUCCCGGACUUUUGGUAACGUAAGUUACAAACCUGCCAACGUCAUGUCAUGUCAUGAGCUAAACGAACAAAAUGAGGCAAAUGACGACGAGGCUGACGACUACGACGAAGAAAGUGGGGAACCAGACUAUGUAGUAGAAGAGUUUCGACAGUUCGAGAAUCAACAUAAACCGAAUCUGGAGGAAACAGAGACGAAGGAGAGCCUGAUUCAUUUGCUUGCCGAAUACAGCGAUGUGUUUGUUUGGGAGGUCGGUGACAUGCAGGGGUUGAGUACUGAUGUCGUAUCUCAUAAGCUGCCUAUCAACCCAGGGUUCGAGCCAGUGAAGCAAAAGACUCGGAAAUUCAAGCCUGAAUUGAGUUUCAAGAUUAAGGAGGAAAUCACCAAGAAGAUAGAGUCCUGGUUGGUAGAAGUAACGCAAUAUCCCACCUGGUUGGCGAAUGUCAUUCCGGUCGCUAAGAAAGAUGGAAAAAUCAGGAUUUGUGUUGAUUACAGAGAUCUCAACAAGGCUAGUCCAAAGGAUAAUUUCCCGUUGCCAAAUAUCCAUAUUCUGAUUGACAACUGUGCCAAGCAUGAGAUGCAGUCAUUUGUGGACUGCUACGCGGGUUAUCACCAGAUUCUGAUGGAUGAAGAAGACGCGGAGAAAACGGCCUUCAUCACACCUUGGGGGGUAUAUCACUACAGGGUGAUGCCGUUUGGGCUCAAAAACGCCGGUGCCACUUACAUGAGGGCCAUGAUGACUAUCUUCCACGACAUGAUUCACAAGGAAAUUGAAGUGUACGUGGACGACGUCAUAAUUAUAUCCCGCGAGAGUUCAGAUCAUUUGACACACCUGCGAAAAUUCUUUGAACGUUUGCGUAGGUACAACUUGAAGCUAAAUCCAGCCAAGUGUGCUUUUGGAGUCCCAGCUGGGAAGUUGUUAGGGUUUAUAGUUAGCAGAAGAGGUAUUGAGCUCGACCCUUCCAAGAUCAAAGCAAUUCAGGAGUUACCUCCGCCGAAGACGAGAAAAGAGGUGAUGAGUUUCUUAGGGAGGUUAAACUAUAUCAGCCGGUUCAUAGCACAAUCGACGGUGGUAUGUGAGCCUAUCUUCAAGUUGCUGAAGAAAUAUGCCCCAACUAAGUGGACUGAGGAGUGCCAGACCGCUUUCGACGCUAUCAAGAGCUACUUGUCUAACCCACCAGUAUUGGUUCCUCCGCGAGAAGGGAGUCCUUUGUUGCUAUAUUUGUCUGUCUCGGAUAACGCCUUUGGAUGUGUACUUGGUCAACACGACGAGACAGGGAAGAAGGACAAGGCUAUCUACUACAUCAGCAAGAAGUUUACUCCGUACGAGUCUCGUUACACUUUGCUGGAAAGAACAUGCUGUGCUCUGACAUGGCUUGCCCAGAAGCUGAGGCACUACCUGUCGUCGUAUACUACAUAUCUUAUCUCCAGGAUGGAUCUGUUGAAGUAUAUUUUCCAGAAAGCGAUGCCGACCGGGAAGCUGGCUAAAUGGCAAAUGCUGUUGAGUGAGUUUGACAUCGUGUACGUGACUCAGAAGGCAAUAAAAGCACAAGCUUUGGCUGAUCAUCUUGCGGAAAAUCCCGUUGAUGAAGAGUAUGAACCUCUCAAGACAUAUUUUCACGAUGAAGAAGUGUCAUUUGUGGGUGAAGAUAUCUCUGAAGUUUAUCCAGGUUAGAGAUUAUUCUUCGAUGGAGCGGUGAAUCACCAGGGUAAAGGUGUUGGAGCAGUCUUGGUAUCAGAAUUUGGUCAGCACUAUCCUAUGGCGGCUAAGCUACGGUUCAACUGCACAAACAACAUGGCUGAGUAUGAAGCUUGCAUUCUCGAUUUGAAAAUGGCCGUUGACAUGAAUGUUUACGAGUUACUGGUUAUUGGAGAUUCAGACCUCUUGAUCCAUCAGGUUCAAGGAGAAUGGGCUGUGAAGAACCCAAAGAUUGUACCUUAUGUACAAUAUGUUCAAAACCUGUGUAAAAGGUUUCGCAAGAUCGAGUUCAGACAUACUCCCCGAAUACAGAAUGAAUUAGCUGAUGCUCUUGCCACCAUCGCUUCAAUGAUCAAACAUCCGGAUAUUGAUUACAUCGACCCGCUGGAUAUAGAUUUGAAGGAGCAUCCAGUCCAUUGUUCACACGUGGAAUCAGAACCAGAUGGUUUGCCUUGGUAUUUCGACAUAAAGAGGUACUUGGAGUCUGGGACAUAUCCAGAAGACGCCACAUCUAAUCAAAAGAAGUCGAUACGUCGUAUGGCUCUCAAUUUCUUUUUGAAUGGAGAAAUCCUUUAUAGGAGGACUCCAGAUUUGGGUCUUUUGAGAUGCGUGGAUGCUGCUGAAGCCGUGAGGCUUAUUGAACAGAUACAUGCUGGAGUCUGUGGCACACAUAUGAACGGGCUUACCUUGGCAAGAAAAGUCCUUCGAGCCGGUUAUUUCUGGAUGACUAUGGAGCAUGACUGUUGCAAAUUCGUGCAAAAAUGCCACAAAUGUCAAGUGCACGGUAAUCUGAUAAGGGUGCCACCUCACGAACUCAAUGCUAUGAGCUCACCUUGGCCAUUUGUAGCCUGGGGAAUGGAUGUCAUCGGCCCUAUAGAACCGGCCGCUUCCAAUGGACACAGAUUUAUUUUGGUUGCCAUCGAUUAUUUCACCAAAUGGGUGGAAGCAGCCUCUUACAAAUCGGUAACCAAGAAAGUGGUGGCCGACUUUGUCCGCAACAAUCUGAUCUGCCGAUUUGGAGUUCCAGAAUCCAUCAUCACUGAUAACGGUGCAAAUCUCAACAGUCAUCUGAUGAAAGAGAUAUGUGAACAAUUUAAGAUUAUUCACCGAAGGUCAACUGCUUAUCGCCCUCAAAUGAACGGAGCUGUAGAGGCCGCCAACAAGAACAUCAAGAAGAUUCUGAGGAAAAUGAUUGACAAGCAGCGGGGUUGGCAUGAAAUGUUGCCAUAUGCUCUACUGGGUUAUCGAACGACGGUCAGAACAUCGACUGGGGCUACUCCAUACUUGCUAGUAUACGGAACAGAAGCAGUCGUACCUGUUGAAGUCGAGAUACCGUCACUGAGGAUCAUCCAAGAAGCUGAGCUAAGUAAUACUGAGUGGGUUAGCAAACGGAUUGAUCAACUAGCCUUGAUUGAUGAGAAGAGGAUGGUUGCUGUUUGCCAUGGCCAGUUGUAUAGACAAAGAAUGACUCGCGCUUUUCACAAAAGAGUAAGAGCCAGAAAUUUUGAAGUUGGUCAGUUGGUUCUUAAGCGUAUUUUUCCUCAUAAAGACGAGUACAAAGGAAAGUUCGCACCAAACUGGCAAGGUCCUUACAUGGUCCGCAAAGUACUAUCUGGAGGUGCUUUAGUCUUGUCAGAGAUGGAUGGCGCUGUAUGGCCUAAACCUAUCAACUCAGAUGCUGUCAAGAGAUAUUACGCGUGAAGUUCGUUUUGCAUUUCCCAUCAUUUACUUGUAAUCUUCUGUUUGCUUGUAUUUGUUCGAAUUUGAAUUCUUAUCCCUCUUGUAACGAACUACGUCUGACCUGAAUUCUCGAGAACGAGAUACGUAGGCGUCCUAUGUCGGCUUUGGUCACCCCAUUUACCCCCCUUUACUAUUUCU